CUGGCCACUGGCCUCCUGGGAGAGCAGCCUGGUGACUGCAUGCUCCUGGGUCUGGACCUCAUACCCUGGGCUCCACACCUCAGACCUCCCUUAGGGACCUGCGUGGGCCCUCCCUUGUGUUUACACAAGGGGCUGGGUUCCCAGGAUCUGAGGGCGACGCCUGAUGAAUGAGGCCAGUCUGCCGGAAGAGCGGCCGAAAUACAAGCAGGGCUGGUCGCUGUUCUCUGGAGGAAGUGCUUGGGUGCUGGGGUCGGAAGGCGGGGCUGCUGGGUUGCACAGGUCAGGGGGACAGGGGCUAGGUCAGGAGCCUCGCACAGAGGGGUUCUUACCCUUACUCCAGUAGGAAUGAGUGGACAGUCAGCAGGAGAUAGUGGGAUUCAGGCCAACGGGACGGGUCAGCUCAGCCAGGAGUCAGCAUAGAUCAGGGGGGCAGCCAGUCCCACGGACGGUGGCCAGUGAGUCCGGCCUCAGCCUGGAUGGCUUGUGGAGAGCAUGGGCUGGUGCCACGGUGAUGAGUCCCCUCGUGGGGUGCAUGCUACACUGUAGCAGCCUGAGCAGGGCACAGAGGCCAGGCCCGGGAGCAGGGUCCUCCAUCCGCAGGGGAGACUGACCCAGUUCCCUGGCUGGGGAAGGGGAAGGGCAAUGCCAAGGCUGACAGCUGGAGUGCAUUUCCCCAAGGCUCAGAGAGGAGGAACCCGGAGCGGGCAGCCAGUGGGUGCUGGUGAGCUAGCCAGCUAGUUGUUGGGAGAAACAGACCCCCUGCACACAGCUGGGAGUGCCACCGGGUGUUCAGCUGGGGAGACAGUCAGCCAGAAGCGAUAGAUGCCUUCUAGACAAUCAGAGAGACAGCCACAGACGGUCAGUUAGAUGUGCUGCCAGCCAGGGGCAGACCGGCUGCCAACUCUCUCCCUUUGGUGAGGGACAUCCAGGUGGUUGCAGACAGGCAGACAGCCUGUCCCCAGGAGGUGGUCAGUCAGGCAGCAGACUGUCGGCCAGGACAGGUGGGUGGUCAGCCCGUCCAAGCCUGAAGAGUCCAUUGGUGCAUCGUGUGCUGGCAGGCUGGAUGCCGUGUGCCAGAGCAGAGAUGGGCAGCUGAUGAGUCAUAGAAUUGGAGACAGUGCCAGGCGGUCAGCCUAACCCACAAGCAGGGCCAGUUGUGAGGUCGGGCAGAUCAUCAGGGACAGCUGGCAGGAAGGUCAGAGGGCCAGCCAGUCAUGGUGGCUGGAGACUGGCAGGCAGUUGGUCUGCACGGCACUGGGCGGUCAGUCAUUCGGGAAGUCUGUCAGUGAGCCGGGACCUCGCGGGGAGCCCUUUGGACUUCCCUAGGGCUGUCCUGGGGGCCCUGCACAGGGUCUGCCCACAGCAGACGCCACAUGGUCAGUGCCUCAGACACAGGCAAGCCCUCAGACACCCAGCCUCCAGAUCCUCCCACCGGGUGGCCCGAUGGCGGCCUCCCAGCUUGCGGCACUGGAAGGAGUGGAUUCAGGGGCCGAGGGGCUGCCCCCGACGGAGACCAGCCUGGGCUUCCUGUACUCCGAGGGCCAGCGGCUGGCCCUGGAGGCUCUGCUGAGCGAGGGUGCGGAGGCGUUCGAGGCCUGCGUGCAGCGUGAGGGGCUGCAGCCCUUCCUGAGUGGGGAUGAGCUCCGGGGCCUGGCAGCAGCGGCCGAGGACUGGACAGCAGCCAAACAGGAGCCCGGCAGGGUGGCGGAGGGAGCCGCGGUCGCCAAUGGGGCCUCCGGCAGCCUGACCUACUGGCCCGGACAGUCAGAGGAGCCAGUGCCCGUGCUGCGGCUGGGCUGGCCAGAGGACUCGGGCUGGAAGGGCAUCACGCGGGCGCAGCUGUACACCCAGCCACCCAGCGAGGGCCACCCACCCCUCAAGGAGCUGGUGCACCAGGAAAUCCAGGCCGCCUGCAAGCUGGUGGCUGUCGUCAUGGACGUAUUCACUGACCCAGACCUGCUUUUGGACCUCGUGGAGUCAGCCACGCGUCGCUGGGUGCCUGUCUACCUGCUCCUGGACUGCCAGCAGCUGCCCGCCUUCCUGGCGCUGGCCCAGCAGCUGGAGGUGAACCCCUGGGCCACUGAGAACCUGGACAUCCGCGUCGUGCGGGGCUGCAGUUUCCAGAGCCGCUGGCGACGGCAGGUGACUGGCAGGGUACGGGAGAAGUUCCUGCUGCUGGACGGCGAGAGGGUCAUCUCGGGAUCGUACAGCUUUACGUGGAGCGACUCACGCCUUCACCGAGGCCUGGUGACCCUGCUGACCGGCGAGAUUGUCGACGCCUUCAGCCGUGAGUUCAGGACUCUGUACGCGGCCUCCUGGCCUCUCCCACCCGCGCCCACUCCGGGCCCCUUCGUCAGCACCCUGGGGGGGCUGAAGCUGGCCCACAGCCCUCACUGCGUGGCCCGCCGCCUCUCCGUGGCCCCCGUGUCACCGCCGCUGCCUGAUGUCUCACCGCUGGCCCAACGCCUGGCCGCCUGCCGAGUCUUCGGCAAGGACAGGCAGGAAGCCCCGGCCAUUCCAGGGCCGGCACUGAGUGACAUCUUGAGGAGCAUCCAGCGCGCCCGGACCCCCAGCGGCCCUCCAGCCAGGCCCAGCCGGUCCCUGUGGGACCUGAGCCGCCUGUCCCAGCUGUCGGACUCCAGUGACGGUGAUGAGCUCAGGAAGUCCUGGGGCUCCAAGGACACCCCAGCCAAGGCCCUGAUGAGGCAGAGGGGCACCGGGGGCACCGCCAGGGGGGAGGCGGAUUCCCGGCCGCCCUCCGGGCCCCAGCCCUGGGGCGGCCCCCGGCCCCUCAUCCCUGCCCGCCGCUUCCGCUACCUGUCCCCGACCCGAAGGAGGUUUGGGGACGAUGCUGCACCCAAACCCCCGGGACCCAGAGGCGGCCGGCAGCCAGACUGGGCCACCGGGGCAGGACUCAGGGGGCGACCCUGACAGGAGCCCAUGCCGUUCUGGGCUGGCCCGUCCCAGGAGACUCGAGGACAGUCUGCCCAGAGCCCCCACCUCGCCUCCGAGUGUGGGAAGCAGAAGGGAUUUUCUCCCACUUAUUCAGGAACGUGGGCAACUCCCACGCCCACUUGACCUCAGUGUCGUGGUCUAGAAGGUGCGCACACUGUCUCCAUGAGCUGGGAUCCUGGACAGUGGACACCCCACCCGGCCUCAUCGGAGCCCCCCCCCCAGGGGAGGUCUGGCUGAGCAGCACCCAUGCUGGCUUGUGUGGGUGGACGAUGGGGAGUCCCCCGGGAUGCACUGGCUCCAGAGUGUGAGCUCAACUGAGGGGAGGAGAGACCCCAAUCCAGGGAGCAGAGCUGAAUAAUGGGGGACUGGGGAUCAGUGGGGACACAGCUGCUGGGGACCAGCUCAGGGUUCUGGAGAGGCACUGGGCAGAUGCUGGGACAGUUUUGUGGGUGCUCAGGGGUGAGUGGUUGGGGUUCCCUUUUACCUCUGCUCAGAAUACACCUGCUUCAUGUCAGAAA